AAGCAACGAAUGACACUUUCGUGGCACGAAAUACCAGAGUGGCAGAGGGAUAACGAGUACAUUUUAACGGGAUACAGACGAGUCCAGAACUGCUGGCCAGGCUGCAUUGCGUCUAUCUACAGUUAUCCCCAUAACGAAACUGUCAAUGUCCUCAGCCAUUUGGCUGGCGCUGUGCUUUUCCUGUGGAUUCUGGUGACAUUUCGUCAGCAAUAUAUCUUGGCGUAUAGCGAUACCACUUGGCUGGAUACUUCCGUCUUCGCUGUAUUUUUAAUCUCUGCAGUGUUCUGCCUCACCGCAAGUGCUAUGUUCCAUACUGCCACUUGCCAUUCGGCGCAGGUGUCGACCCAGUGUCAUGCCCUGGAUUAUUCGGGGAUCGUCAUCCUCACCGUCGGAUCUUUUGUACCAUGCAUCUACUACGGGUUUUACUGCGAAUCAGCCUUGCAAGUCUGUUAUCUAUGCUUCAUCGUUCUAGUGGGCGCAGGGGCGGCGUAUAUCGUUCUCAACCCUGAAUAUGCAAAACCAACACAUCGAGGUGCACGUACCGGGGUUUUCAUUGGUCUUGGAUUGUCUGCUGUGGUACCGGUGGCUCAUUUAUUGGUAUCGCAUGGAACAUCCAAGCUAUUUUCCGAGAUGGGUUUUGGAUGGCUACUCACAUCAGGCGGACUAUACAUCAUGGGCGCGUUGAUUUACGCUAAUCGCAUACCGGAGCGCCUGGCUCCUGGGAGAUUCGACUUGCUCUUCGCAUCGCAUCAGAUAUUUCACUUCUGUGUGGUCCUGGCCGCUCUGGCCCACUGGAUGUGUGUAUUGACUGCCUUCGAUCAUUGGCAUUCUGGUUUGGACGGAUGC